GCGAAGCACAGGCAAGAGACGAAAGACGAAGGAGAAGGCGGUGAUGCUGAUGGUGACGAUGAUAAUGGUAGCCAUGUUCUGUUCCCGAUGAGGAAACUGUGCCCGAACUUCGACAGAGAGGAUGCGCUCGACACGGUUCUUGAGGUGCCCGUUCCGGAGGAGGUGCUCACGCAGUGUGGUUCGCCCAGAGCCCGUUCAUGGCAGAACGUCAGGACAUGGCUGAAAUGCUCACAUGCUUCCCCCGAUAGGAUGAUGCUGACUGGCGGCGGUGCCGGCAGCCGCGGUGCAAGCAGCUCCGAAAUCCAGCUUCUGCUCAACGUUGUUGGCGCUCCGUUGAUCCCUUUGGCUGUUCAGAACGAGCAGCCUGCUAAUGGGUCCAUCAAGGAUCAUCCCAUCGAAUCUUCAACUGCUAAGUAUAUAGUUCAGCAGUACCUAGCUGCAACCGGUGGUUUGCAGGCAAUGAGCUCGUUGUCAAGCAUGUAUGCAAUAGGGAAAGUAAGGAUGAAAGCUUCGGAAUUACAUCAGGGCGAUGCGGGUAAGCCGCGAAAUGGCAGUGAGCUUGGUGCGUUUGUGCUGUGGACUAAGAACCCAGACCUCUGGUACUUGGAGCUGGUGCUCUUCGGUUACAAGAUGAGUGCAGGAAGCGAUGGGAAGUUAGCUUGGAGGCAGACACCAUGGCACCAGUCUCAUGCUAUGAGAGGUCCUCCUAGACCUCUACGCCGCUUGUUGCAGGGUCUAGAUCCAAGGACAACAGCCAAUUUGUUCUCCAAUGCCAAUUGCAUAGGAGAGAAGGUCAUCAACAAUGAGGACUGCUUCAUCCUCAAGUUAGAGACAGGGACCCAAACCCUAAAAGCAAGGAGCAGCUCCAGCUUGGACAUCAUCUACCACACAAUAUGGGGUUACUUCAGCCAGAGGACAGGGCUCCUCCUUCAAUUUGAGGACACUCAUUUGCUUAGAAUGAAGGGCAAAGGGGACGAGAGUAUCUUUUGGGAGACCAGCAUGGAGUCCACAAUAGAAGACUAUAGAUUCGUCGAAGGGAUCAACAUUGCACAUAGUGGUAGGACACUAGUCUCUUUGUUUAGGUAUGGGGAGCCCUCCACCAGUCACAGGACCAAAAUGGAGGAGACAUGGACCAUUGAAGAGGUGGACUUCAAUAUCUGGGGUUUGUCUAUGGAUUGCUUCUUGCCACCUGCGGACCUCAAGAGAGAAGAAGGCGACUAACUUAUUAGCUGCUUGGCAGGCUGUUAAAAGGAUCCAUCAUCUUUGCAGUAUGAAGCAUGCAAAAGAAUGAUAGAAUGCUUAAAAGUUUUCUUUGUUAAUCUAACCUACUUUUUGUUGAUAGUCUAGUCUCGAGGACGGGCCUCUCUUUUCUGAAUGUCUCAAUGCAGGCCCGAGUUUCUCAGACAACUAUCAAAUAGAAAUCUUACGUAAAUGAUGUACGUGCCAUUUGUGAUUCUUUCUCUCCCUUGUAUAAAGAAAAUCAUGUCUUGUUAUACAGGGUACAUGAACAAGUGUUAAAAAAAUUCGACAUUUGCGUUGUUUGUUGCCCAUAUGACUCUGAUUGGGAAAGCAAUAGUCUGAGAUUUGGGGACUACCGAGGAAGUUGAAAUAUAGCUUCCUGUUUAAACAAAAGAAGCCGAAAGAGCAU